AUGGAUGGUACCCAGUCGGUAUCAGUCGCGUACUUUCACUGCGGGGCGUCCGCCUGCUUUUAUACAACUUCUCAUUUCUGUGCGGCCAACAUCCAGCUCCUGACUCUAAAUCUAUUGUCGUACCAUUUGACCAUCGCUGUUUUGGUCUCCCCCUCUUCUGAUGCCAAAGAGAGGCUUCGUCAUGAUCAUGUUAAGAAUUGCUUCGUUCUCCAUCAGCCAAUCUUCGUCUUUCAAGCUUCAUAUACAGAACGACAUCUUAUAGCCGAAAAUCUUUUCUCUAAUCUAAAUCGAUGGAUCGACAGCCGCAUUCACACCUAUGGUAGGCCCUCCAUAUCAGGAGACCACCUACACCAGCCCUUAGGCCAGUCUAUCCUAACUUAUUCCAGAAUUGAUGGUAACUUAUCGCGAGUGCCGGCUCAUUAUUCGACGACUCCCGUACAAGUUCUUUCGAAAGGACUGCUUCUGUUUCCCUCCCACAUCGGCCCCACAAAUCAUAGGGCGGUGGGGUCCCGUGGUCCGGUCCAAUUUGGUAACGCCGCUGAUCUAUGGAGCUGCUUCCAGAUCCAGGCGUCAGGAAAUUAG